AAUACGCCAAUCCGCCGUCAUUACGUGAGGAGCUCGUAAUGUUUUGAAGAGCUUUGGUGGGGAAUUUUCUGCCGGAAAGAACACAGAAAAUUCCACAAGCAAAAUGAUUAGGAAUAUAGCUUCACUGGCUGUACGCCAAAUGGUGCAAACCAGAACCUUCGCUAGUCGGAUGCAGCCGGUGGGGUCAUCGCUUGCACUAAACACAGGCCGCACGUUUUCCACCUUUUUACGAUCCACCGAAGCUUCAUCCCUUCGCAGCACGAUCGCCGGCACUCCUUCCAGCCCGACCGGGCUCAUUAAACCCGUCGCCGCCGUCCGGCUGCUCGAUGCCGUAGCGUCCUCGCCACUGCUGCAAACGCAACCCAGCCGUACCGUGAUCAAGUUUUCACUGCGCAAAGGCAAAAGGAAGACGGUGAAGGCGGUCAUCAAGCGCUUCAAGCGGCUGGAUUGGGGCGGAUGGAUACGGACGCUUUCCGGCCGGCAUAAGAAAAUGUGGCGCAAGAAAGCGAACCGCAAGCGCCGGCUGCGGCAGCACGUGCUGGUGAAUGCGACACAAUCGACGCUGCUGGACAAGAUGGUGACCAAGUACUGGAAGCGUCCCCGAUACUACAUCGACGAUCCGUACACACCGUAUCACACGCGGGAGGAGUUUGUCUACACCCGAAGGAAGCCGCUGAAGUGAAGUUACGGGGAAGGUGCAUUUGUAGUUGGAACAUUAAAAUGAACGUGUUAAAACGCAA